UGUCGAAACAAACAAGGACUCUGAAAUUCAGUUGUUUUCAACGGUCAGUCAUUUUCUGGAACGAAGGACGUCUUUGUAAAUUUUCACUCAUUUCUUCAUUUUAUCCGCUUUCUCUCCUUCGUGCGAUCACGUCGACGAUGAAUCGCUGAUCAUUCCUCCGUCUCCAUUCAUCCUCCCUCUGCUCCUCCACCGGCUGCGCGGCGGACCAAGUGAUUGAGCCAUUUGGGGGAUUUGCAAAGAGUGGAUUCUUUGAGGCCAUUUAAGUCAUUGAGAUUCCCGGAAAUGCUGAUUGGCUGAGUGGCUGGGGAGCUAAUGUGAUUUGUGAAAUGGCAGCCGCAGGGAUUUCGUCUGCUAGACAGAGGAACCCGCGGGGUUUUAUGGCACUGUUGUCUUCCGCUGCUUGUGAAUGGUUUUUGAUGUUUUUGCUGUUUGUGGAUGCAGCAUUGUCAUAUUUGCUCACUAAAUUUGCGCGUUACUGUGAAUUGCAAACGCCUUGUCUACUAUGCUCGAGGCUUGAUCAUGUAUUUGGGAACAAGAAACCCGGGUAUUAUCAGAGUCUACUUUGCAGCAACCAUAGAGAGGAGAUAUCAUCCCUAGUUUACUGUCAUGUUCAUGGCAAUCUUGCUGAUGUUCGUGGAAUGUGUGAAGAAUGCUUUGUGUCACUUGCUGCGGAGAAUAGGUUAACAAUGAAUAAAACGUGGAUGGAUAUGUAUACGAAAAAGAAUCCUCUAGCCAGUUCUUUGGGGCCAUGGAGCUGUUCAUGUUGUAACAAGUCAUGGAAAACUCGCUCUAGUCCUCAGAAAUUGGUCCAGUUAACUCCAGUUGGGUGUGGAGCUUCUACAGCUAGUGUCAAGUCUCCUCUGCCUCGCACGCCAGGUUGUAGUCGGUUCAACAAGCAGGAUAGCUUCAAGAAGAUUAGAGAUCAACUUUCUGGGCCAAAGUCACCUUGUUCUCCAGGGAAAAUUGGUGUUAACCAUCUGUCAAAUGUAGGAUAUACAGAGCUGAAGUUCACUUCUGAUUCUGAGUCAGAAGUGGCCUCUGAUGAUGAGGGUGGAUAUUAUGGACUUUGUAGAACAAAUUCUUCCAAUUCUGGAAAUGGCGGUCAUCCUGCCAAAACGUUUGUGCAGAAAUCAUCAACCGAUGGUGUAGCUCUAGGGAAGACUCGCCAAUCUGCUGAACCUGACCAAUUUGAUUUGGACCAGUCAAUGCAGCUCAACGCCAACAAGGACAGCAUUCUGAUUUCACACAAAAAUCAUAGCUUGGGGGAACUUGAUUGGGAACCAUUUAAUCCAAAACCCCAUUCUCCUAUAAUGCCAAAGGCUAUGCCAUUAGAUGACACGCCACAAUUGCCCGGAGUCUCUGAAGUUCCUCAUGCAUCAGGAGAGAUUUCUAAGCCCAAUAUUUCCCACUUUCAUAUGUCUGGUCCUUCUUCACUGUCAGACUGUAUUCCAUUUACCAGCUUGCCUUCUUCACCCUCUGCUGUGAAAAUACCGGAAGUUUUGAAUAUGACUGACAGCAAUCACAAAGGACAUAAUUCAGUGAUCGAUGAUACCACAGUAACAACUGGUAAUUCAGAUGAUCGUGCUUCGGAAACACCAACCCAUAUGAAUCUAGUUGAUGCUUCAGCUGUGAGGCAUAGAGACGGUGAAAUAUAUCACAUGCCUGCAGAACAAUUCGUGUCCUCCUCUGAUUCACCAAGAAUUGCAGAAGAAGCAAAAUCAUUACUUCAAACAUCUGCUCCCGAGAUGGAUUUUUUGAAAAACAGGGCAUAUGAUCAUCACGAUGACAUUCAAAGAAGUGAUGGUUCUAGUUUUGAUGGAAAACACGUGCUUCAAAAGACAACCUCAUUGGAGAGAAGUGAGUCUGGUUCUGAAUCUGGGGAUGGAUUUAUUCUGAGUGAAAUAGAAGGUGAGAGUAUGGUUGAUAGAUUGCAACGGCAGGUUGAACAUGAUCAGAAGGCGUUGAAAGAUCUAUAUAAGGAAUUAGAGGAAGAACGAAAUGCUGCUGCUAUUGCUGCAAAUGAGGCAAUGGCUAUGAUCAAUAGAUUGCAAGAGGAGAAGGCAGCACUUCAUAUGAAGGCAUCGCAGCACUUAAGAAUGAUGGAGGAGCAAGCGGAAUAUGACAUGGAGGCAUUGGAGAGGGCUAAUGAUCUGCUUGUUGAGAAGGAUAAAGAAACGCAAGAUUUGGAAGCUCAGUUAGAACAAUAUAGGAAAAUGUACCGUGAUGGGUCAGGUGUAUCAGACUUGCAGAAAGACGACUUCAAGUUGAAAGGGUCAAAAGGCAUAGUUGAGAAUCAUACUGUAGCUCAGGUUUGAUGAUGAUAAUGAGCUCUUCAGAUGCAUGAAUGCCAAGAGAUGUCACCUUGUUAACUUACUCAACGUGAGUGGAUCCCAGGUUGUCUUCUCACCGAAACCCAAAAUGAAGAUGAAGACAUACACGAGCGAGGUUUGUGAAACUUCAAACACAUUCAUGAUUCAUUCACUGGACAAGGAAUUGCUUCAAGUAAGUUUGGAUUUCGACAUGACAGAUAGAGUUUUCUUUGUCAUUCAACAGUACAGUUUUGUUAAAACCCCUCCAGUGACCCUGCAAUUGGAUUACAUUACAAUGUAAUUGAUUUUUACUGUUAUUCUCAGCUCAGUCCUGAUUCCUGAUAGCAGGUUCUUUUCUUCUUUCUUGUUCUUUUGUGUAAAUACAGAUGGACUUGUGCAUGAGCUCCAAAUGAAUAUUUUCUUUCUCUGCUAAAUGAAACCCCUUGUUUUGCUUA